AUGGCGUCCGAGAAGGGUAUCAACAUUAAGGACAAGCUCGAGGCCCAGGUCAAAAGCGCAGACAUGACGGAUGACAUGCAGCAGGAGGCUAUUGACGUUGCUAACGGACCCCGCAACAGGAUAUUGCUCAGUACAUCAAGAAGACCGUGCGUUAAGCUCCAAGCCCUCCGAAUACUCGACCCCACAGCUGACCUCCUCUCUAGUUUGAUGAGCGCAAGGGACCAACCUGGCACUGCAUUGUUGGACGUAACUUCGGCUCCUUCGUCACCCACGAGACCAAGCACUUCAUCUACUUCUACCUGGGCCACUGCGCCAUCCUCCUUUUCAAGACACAAUAAGCGACUCUACCUUGAAUUCAUUCCCGUUCUGGUGCUUGAGGAUGGAUAUGGUGGAGAUGGGUGGACUCGACUGUUGGUUAUGGAAGGUCUGCUUUGGGAAAAGUACUGUUUGAUGAGAUACGUUGAUACGGACAUGGCAAAUGACAAAAUACCCAAAUCAAGCAAUGGCUAUCUUUCUAAAUUUAAGGGUAAUCUGGUCAAGAGCUUCUUGUUCCCCUGA